UCCCACUCAUCAUCAGAUUCAGAUCACCAUCAGCUCCCACGUUCCCGUCCACACACCCCCACCCACGCUCCUACCUCUCCCCCUCCACAUCUUGCUCUGCUCUUCUCUUCUCCUUGAACUCAGCGCAAGGGGCCGGGCCAGAAACGAUCGAGAUUAAAAGUCAACUGAUUACUGAUCCAGCCAGGGAGAGAGAUCGGAGAUGGACAAGUACGAGCCUGUCCGCGAGAUCGGGUCGGGCAACUUUGGCGUCGCCAAGCUGAUGCGCAACAGGGACACGCGCGACCUCGUCGCCAUGAAGUUCAUCGAGCGGGGAUGCAGAAUCGACGAGAACGUUUUCCGGGAGAUCGUGAACCACCGUGCGCUGCGGCACCCCAACAUCAUCCGCUUCAAGGAGGUGGUGCUCACGCCGACGCAUCUGGGCAUCGUAAUGGAGUACGCGGCGGGCGGGGAGCUCUUCGAGCGCAUCUGCGAUGCGGGGCGGUUCCACGAGGAUGAGGCCCGCUACUUCUUCCAGCAGCUGGUGUGCGGGGUCAGCUUCUGCCAUGCCAUGGGGAUCUGCCACCGUGACCUCAAGCUCGAGAACACCCUCCUCGACGGAAGCCCGGCACCCCGCCUAAAGAUCUGCGACUUCGGCUACUCCAAGUCGUCGGUGUUGCACUCGCGGCCCAAGUCUACGGUGGGCACUCCAGCGUACAUCGCGCCGGAGGUGCUGUCGCGACGGGAAUACGAUGGGAAGCACGCGGACGUGUGGUCGUGCGGGGUCACCCUCUACGUCAUGCUCGUGGGAGGUUACCCGUUCGAGGACACCAAGGACCCCAAGAACUUCAGGAAGACCAUCGCCAGGAUCAUGUCGGUGCAGUACAAGAUCCCCGAGUACGUGCACGUCUCGCAGAGCUGCCGCCACCUCCUCUCCAGGAUCUUCAUCGCCGACCCGCGCAAGCGGAUCACCAUGGCGGAGAUCAAGGCGCACCCCUGGUUCCUCAAGAACCUGCCCCGGGAGCUCAAGGAGGAGGCGCAGCAAGCCUACUACAGCCGCCGGCAGGCCGAGGCUGCCAGCGCCGGUGGCAGUGGAGGAGUGGCACUGGCACCCGCCGCGUACUCGGCGCAGAGCGUGGAAGAGAUCAUGAAGAUCGUGCAGGAGGCCCAGACCGUGCCAAAACCCGACAAGCCCGUCUCCGGAUACGGCUGGGGCACCGGGGCGUCCGACGACGACGACGACAACCAAGAGGAAGAGGAGGAGGAGGAUUACCAAGAGGACGAGUAUGACAAGACGGUGCGCGAGGUACACGCCAGCGGUGACUUUGGCAUUAGCAAGCUCCAAAUUUGACCAACACAUCUCUCUCACCACAUGGAGGCCCGGUAUGGUCUAGCUAGCCGUCCAGCUGCCAUUACUCCCGCGUCUCGAUCCUCUCUAGUCCACCGUGUGUAAUUCUGCUUCGUUCCUGCGAUUCUUUGACAUUUGUCAAUUGUAAUUUGUAACGAGUUAGCUAAUUGAGCUAAGGUUGUACUAGCA